CACGAAUCAAAAGCUGAAGCAUCUGAUUGCUUUAUUGCUUCAAACAUGACGUUUGACAACUGAAAACUUAACCUCGUUUCAUUUGUAUAUUUUAUAUACAGCAUUUAUUAACAACACACGGUCUUUGGUUAUAGCUAUCAUGGACAAUGAUGCAGCUGCUCUACAGAAUUUGGAGCAUCUUAUGACUGAGUUUUUCUCACCACAAACAAGUAAUGAACGAAAGCGUACAAUUGAACAAAGCUUUCAGGAGUUUGCUGGACAGAUUGAUUCCUGGAGACCUUGUUUACAUUUUUUAUCUUCUACUAACAAUCACCAUGUUAGCAUGUUUGCUCUGUCAACCUUAGAGAUAACAAUUGGAAGGCGAUGGCCAAUCCUUCCAUGGGAGGACAGAGCUCUCACAAGAUCUACUUUAUACACAUUGUCACUAGAAAGAGGUGUAGCUCCUUUUGUAAGAAACAAAGUAGUCAAACUAGUUGUAGAUAUUGCAAGGCACGACUGGCCACAUUUUUACCCAGAUUUUUAUUUAAAUAUUUUGCAGUUAUUGGGUCAUAAACAUACAAGACUGUUGGGUCUCAUCUAUCUGAGAACAGCUUCGGAAGAAUUAGCGACUCCGAGAGAAGAUUUACCGAUACAAAGAAAGAACGAAUUGCUUAGAUUUCUUAGCGCUCAAGUGCCUUUGACUUUGGAAACUCUUACAAUACUUCUAAAAGAAGCAACAAAAUUGCAAAGUCGUUCUGGAACAGUCACUCCACCUCCCUCGCCUACCAGUGGUCAAAAUGUAGCACCUGCCAGAGCUAUUUUAGAUGUGGAAGGAUUAGCAACAGGAACUAGCGAAGUGUGUAUAGCAACAUUGGAUGUACUAGCGCAUUUAUUUAGCUGGAUCGAAUUAUCAGAGCACAUUUCUACAAACUUACUGGAUGCCAUAUUUACGUGUGCCAGGUAUCACGAUGCAAUGAAUGGCAAACAAGUAGAAAUGGCUGUACAAGCUGUAACUACCGUGAAUGAACUCUUAUAUAGACCAUUGUGUUCUCCCGAUGUAACCGAUAGAUUAUUGGUAGAAAUAUUUCAGAAUGGAGUGACAUUAUUUCAACUGUUGGAACGUUUAGAUUCUGUAAAUGAGAGUUAUAUGGAGAAGCUAACAGAAUUCUUGCAAUUAUUUGUAACAAAUCACCUAAAGAGAAUUGAAUCAUGUCCUAAAUUUCCAGUGAAUACAUUACUAGAAGUCUUGUGCCAUCAUACUUUUCAACAAUGCUCAACAGUAAACGGAUAUUUAAGAUGCUUAGACGUGUGGACCACUUUGUUAGAAAGCACACAGUCUCGGUAUUCUCCGGUAGCACUAGCUGUUGCUGAGAGAGUACUGCAAAAGAUGAGUUUUAAACUCAAUACGCGUAUAUUGAAAGAUCUUGACACGGAAAGUUUAGAUGAAAAUGAAGAAACAGAAUGGCAGCAUUUUUUAAGAUGUAACAUAGAAUGUUUGGCAAAAGUGGCAGAUAUUUCCCCAAUUCCAGUUUUUACAUUAUUGUAUCGUUCUUGGAGAGAGGGGUUGAUAAUGUUUGGAGAACUAGGCACAGUUAUCGCGAACAAUCAAGUCAUUUUAUUAAACGAUUCAGAAGCUUCGAAUGUACACGCACACUUACGAGAUUUAGCUUCCAGUACCCAAGCAUUAGCUAGAUUAUAUUCUCUCUUUCUGGGAGAUAAUCAGAAUAUUGACCAGUCACUAGCCGAAGAAGUAGUGUCUCAGACAUUGGACGCGUGCAAAUUUGCAAAAACUAAUCAGUUAUAUAAAGCAUCGUUACAGCCAGCUGCAAUCGUAUUAGAUCUCAUAGAAGUUCAUUCACAGUUGUUAGCGUCGCUCCAAGCUUGGUGCCACUGGAUAGCUAACAGACCAGAAAAAACAAAAGAAACACUUUGUCAACGAUGCAUUGAUUCAUGCAUUUCAGCGUUAGAUUAUACAACUUUCUGUGAUAAUCCUCCACCGGCAAGUUUAACUCAUUCUGCUACUCAUCUUUUUCAAAGUAUCACUGCUAUUCUGAAACCUAUAUUAUGGGAUGAACCUACCUUCAGAAAUUUAAUUUCCAUGGUAACGUAUCCAUUUUUGAAGCCCGACACGAUAAAAGUACUGCGAAGAGCGUUAGUGAAUGCUAUCGUCUUACCGCAUGGAGAUGGAAUUAUUAGAGAAAGAUUAUUAGUUACCAUGGUGUCAACACUGUCUGCACCUCUUGGCUCAGAAGGACAACCUGCACCCACGAAAUCUACGAUUUCAAUGACAGUAGUGCCAUUAACUCAAUUAUUAAAUGACUGUUCAGCGUCAUCGACAACAAUAAAAAAAAUGUUACAUUCAUGUUUGGGGCCAACGAUAAAUAGAAUAUUAGAAUUGCUGCCAUAUAUGAUAAAGUGUCAAAUUAUAUGUGAAAUUUUGCUUAGUUUUUUACAUUCAGUAUUCUUAGUAUUACAACAGCAGUUGGGUCCUGAUUUUACUCAAAAUGCAGUUCGAGGACUAUUACACAUUUACACUAGGGAAAAUAUACCUGCAGGACCUGCUUUAGAUCAGUUACUGGAAAUUUUAAUAUUAGUUGUGUCAGCAACUAGCAGUGCAUUUAAGGCAUUUGUUCCUUCAGUGACUAAUUUAUGUUUGGGUCAAGUGUGGCCUGUUAUUGGAAACGACCUCAGCUCGUAUCCAGAUACUACACUUGUCUUACUAAAACUUUUCCACAGUAUACUCAUGCACAGAUGGCAAUACUUUUAUAAUACAUCUGUAUUAUUGACUCUUGGCCAUUCAGAAGAAGAAGAAUCAGUUGAACACAAGGAAGAAUUAGUUGCAAUUUUGGAAGCAUUUGGCCAAGCUCUUCUCCAACCAGAUGUUAAUAUAUUCCGUCAAAGUUUGCAAAGCCUUGAGCAAUUGAAUGUACAAUGGCGACUUUAUCAACGAGCCAUAUUCAAAGCUCACUUGCUAGAGAGAUUUUUAAUGGCAUUAUUUACAGUUCUGUUCCAACAGUCUCAUAAUUUACUAGCGGAUGAAAUUGCUACUGCUAUACACAGUUUAGCUUCAGUUAAUAUAGCAUGGUUCUUUGGACACUUUUUGCCAACAUUUUUGGCAAGCUGCGAAGGUGUAGAUGACAUGCAGAAAGCUACUUUAUUAGGGAACUUUGAUAAAUCUACGGAUCAACCAACCCUGACGAGAUCAGUGCUUCGACUUAUUUCUGACCUACGAUGUUAUCAAUUUUGUCGACCCGGGUGAAAUAAUCUCGUUUCAGUGUAAACAUGAAUUAAAAUAAUGCUGUGUGAUACAGUUACAACCAGUGAAAAAUUAUGGAAAAUAGCAUUUUCAACGAAUCCUUUGGGAUGGAUUUUAAAUGUAAAAACAAGAUGACAUUUUUCUAAGUUUGUGCUGUAAAUCACUGCCGUAUCGCAUUGUGAUGUGGCGUUAGUGUUACAUAAUAAAACGCGACAUUUUUUUAAUUUUA